AUUGCAUUAAAACAAGUAUGAGUAUAUAAUUGACUCAAAAACAAAUGUGCAUACACCUUUAGUAUAAAAGUAAGAGACUUCAGCGAUAUCUUGAGCCGCGCUCCCAGAUCCUCCUCACGCGGAGAGCAAGUAGCAAAGCCUCCAGGUCUUGGGUGAAGGGUGUUGGAGGGAAGCAUUUGUACUUUAAACAGGAAAGUGGGGAACUUCCAAGACUCAAGGGGGUGACCUGUAUGGUGCCGGGGACUGAGUUAGCUUCGGGCACAGCUGCUCACCUAGAGCCCUUCAAGUUGUAGGUGCUGCUGCUUCUCACUGGCAGCAUGGAGGGGCUGAGCCCAGGAGCCCAUGUCUCCCAGAUGGGCCUCUCUGGGGCAGUGUGGUGCCCAACUAAAGGGACAAGGAGCGUGUGGGCCAUGGAGGGUCUCAGCCUGUCUUCCCAACUGGUCUUCGCUCUACCCUCCCCUCAGUUCCCUCCCCUUCUCCCUCCGCAGAAUCUCCUGGGUGGCUUAGCUGAGUGGUUGACAAUAGGAAGAGGAGGGGUGCGGCUGGGGGAGCUUAGCAGGCUGGAGGGAAUCUUCUAAUGAUCUUAGGACGCUUAGCUGGCCUGGUUCUGUCCCCCUUGUCACCUGCGCCCUAUACCGCCCAUCAUGUUCAGUUGCCCGGGAGAUGGUGAAGAGGCUGGCUAAGCUAAGGAAAGGGAGGGAGAGGGCCCUAACCUAAGACUCAACCAGCAGCAGCCGGAAGGAGACAGACCCUCGCUCCCUGCCGUUCCGGGCCAGGAUGGGGCAGCAGUUCAGCUGGGAGGAGGCGGAGGCGGCGGGCGAGAUGGACGUGGCGGAGCUCCAGGAGUGGUACAAGAAGUUCGUGGUGGAGUGCCCCAGCGGCACGCUCUUCAUGCACGAGUUCAAGCGCUUCUUCAAGGUCACGGGCAAUGAGGAGGCCACCCAGUAUGUAGAGGGCAUGUUUCGAGCCUUCGACAAGAACGGGCAGGACAACACCAUCGACUUCCUGGAGUACGUGGCAGCCCUGAACCUGGUGCUGAGGGGCACCCUGGAGCACAAGCUGAAGUGGACCUUCAAGAUCUAUGACAAGGACCGCAACGGCUGCAUCGACCGCCCGGAGCUGCUCGACAUUGUAGAGGCGAUUUACAAGCUGAAGAAAGCCUGCAGGGGGGAGCGGGAAGCCGGGCAGCAAGGCCAGCUGCUCACGCCCGAGGAGGUCGUGGACCGGAUCUUCCUCCUGGUGGAUACGAACGGAGACGGUCAGCUGUCUCUGAAUGAGUUCAUCGAAGGUGCCCGCCGGGACCAGUGGGUGAUGAAGAUGCUGCAGAUGGACGUGAACCCCGGCGGCUGGAUCUCCCAGCAGAGGCGGAGAAGUGCCAUGUUCUGAGUCCACAGGCCCCGCCCAGACUCCAGGCCCAGCAGGCAGCCACCAGAGAACGGAAGAGCCAGCUCCCUGUGUUUCCAGGCUGCCCUGCAUUGACCUUCACCAUCCCUCCACGUCCGAGCUCAGGCCCUGGCUGGCUUCCAAGGGAUGGACAGGAUGGGUGUGAGCAAAAUGCACCCUCUCACCCCGCCCAGGGGGGCUCUGCAACCAGGGGCUUCACUCCCCGCUCCCCCUUUUCUCCCUCCCGCCACAUUUUUAUUAACUCCAUGCAUGCACCACCACCACCCCCACACACACACACCCAGCGAAGUGAAGACUCAAAGUCCAGAAGAGAGAGCAUCUUGAAAAUGGGCACAACUGCCUCAGCCUGUCUCUCCCAGGUCCUCGGACAGGUUUUCCUAAAGUUGGGGUGCGCACAGAAUGGGCAGGAGGCCCACCCGGAACAGGUUGCCCUACUUCCCAACUGAUGCCAGGUGUCCUGCAGCUGGAGAGGCUGACGGGAGGCCAGGGAUGGCCCGGCGCCUCAGUGAGUCACAGAGCUGUGGGGCCCAGGCCGCAGGCACCGCAUGGCACCAAGUAGCCAGCAAGGGAGAAGGAGGCUUGCACAGUCACUUCUGAAUAAAUACGGAUUUCCUCUGGAUAAUCAAGGACUUUCUAUAAUACCACCUCACCCUCCUUCACUGCUUUGGCCAAGAUCCGACUCAAGCAUCCCUUCCCACGGGGUGUGAACGUGUGCACGUGUGGCUGUCAUUUGGUCAUGAUUCGGAUCUGCACUCGCAUCCAAACACUCCAUCCUCAUCUCCUUGGUAGCACUGUAACCUCUUGAAGGAGGUGUCCCCCUACGCCCCACAACUGGGGCUCCUUGGAGGUGCUCCCUAAAAAUGGAUAUGAUGACCCCUUAUUGUUUCAAAUUUGGUAAAAUGUAAAUCCUAAGAGACACCCCCAAUUUACACCUAAAAAAACUCCUCCCCAUAUCACACAGCCCCCACACGGGACACAAACACAUCACACAGCAUGCACCCUCCAACCUCUGCCACACAUCACCUUCUCCACAUGCAACCCCAACUCCUCUUUCACGUUCAAAUUCAAGGACCACCUCUGUGAGGCUGUCUCUGAGUCCAAUUCACUCCGUUUCCUAUGCCCCUGCAGGAGUCCAUUCAUAGCUUCCCUUAGCAUAUCUAUACUAACAAAAGGGUAAUAUGCUAAUUAGACCAGGUCGACUGGCCAUCUUCUGGAUGUCCGACCUCCUUCUGGCCAAAGCCAUCUUGGUGGGGACCAAGGCAGAGUCCAUUAGGGGCGAUCAGGCCAGCAGGGGAGGGCAAUUGGGAGCAGCCAGGCCGGCAGGGG